GCAGCUCCUAAUGCUGUAAGCUCUGUGGUUCACAUCCCAGCCAAAAGCCCAAGAUUCAGUCGCUUGGGUCACGUGUCCACUUCUGAACCAACAACAGGCCAAAGGGAUGGAAUGUGCUGACCAGUGGCAUCUAAGACCCAAGCUUCAGCCCUGAAGUCCCAGAGGGAGGCAGGUUCCCAGGACUGCAAGGACUCAACAGAAGUCUGAGGGGUGGGGGAGCAAGCAGUCUACACCUGUCUCACAGCCCACCAUGUUCCCUGGGGGUCAGGUCACUACCCAGGAGCUGCAGGUGUUCAACCUCCUGGGCUACCAGUGGGCCCUGAUCUUGGCCACCUUCGCCUGCAUUGUCGUGGUUAUCCUGGGGCUCUUCAGCACCAUCCAGUACCGGCCUUGCUACAUUGUGGUGGUGAGUCGGCUCUGGUCCAGCCCUUCUCCUGCAGUAGGCAGUGUGGGCAGCCACCUGGAUGGCCUGGAAUGUCUUGAUUAUCUGCAUCUACUUGGACGUGGGGACCUCUCAAAGCUCAUGGGCUUCAUCUGUGCCUGCCAUGUGGUCAGUGUGAUCACCAAGGAGGAGGACAGCUGUAAGUGUGUGACCACUAGCCUCCUGCAGAAUCCCAUUAUUGACCUGCCGGCCCCGCCAGGCAGUGGAGGAGGAGAAGAGAGGCUGCAGGCUGGCCACAGAGGCCUGAGAGCUGGCCUCUUAAAAGAGUCCCCGAGCCCUGGAGGUUCUGGCCUACUCAGAGAUGGGGAGGUCCGGGGCUGUGGGCACCAGGGGUCAGCACACCCCAAGUCCCCCUCGUCUGAGGGUUUCUGUGCUGCAGGGCUGGCCCUGAAAUCCCUACAGCUGUUGCAGGCAGAAGGCUGAGCCCUGACCAGCAGAGGAA